CUGCCAGGUGGGCCAGAGAGCUGCUUGCUGAUGCAACCCGUCAACCGCAGCCAGUCCGUCUUGAGGCUCCUCAUUGACUUUCCUUUAUUUCUUUCCACAGCCAGCUUUCCUUUCCAACCUGACUUCCUCUGCUUCUCUUCCCAUAUCCCACCUGCUCUCCACCGGGGCUACCAUCACCAAACACUCCUGCCGCCUUCAGAUCGUCGACAAAAUGGCCUCAUCUCAGCAUGGCUACGACGACUCCGACUCGGACGGCGGCAACUUCAACCCUGCGCCAGCCGACAAUUCUGAUGACGAGCAACAGCCCUCGUCGCCUGUUGAGUCCAGGAAUGGCGCUCGUCGAAGCAGCCCUAGCCGUGACGACGACGAUGCCGAUGGCGACGCACACGGAGAUUCGCACUCCGCCCACGGGCGCGAGGACAACGAGAGCGACAACGAGGAUGACGCUCGCCCUCGAAAGUCUGCUCGCGAUGACGAUGACGAAGACGAAGAGGACGAGGACGAGGACGAGGACGAGGACGAUGAUGAGGACGAGGAGGACAUGCCUCAACAUCGUCGCAAGCGCAGGAGGAGAAAGGAUGCGAGGGCAGCUUUCUUCGACGUGGAAGCCGAGGUCGACGAUGACGAGGAUGAGGUCGAGGACGAGGAAGAGCAAGCAGAGAUAGGAAACUUCAUUGACCCAACGCACCCCGACGACCUUCUCGAUGCCGGCGAUGACGACGAGAGAUACCACCGCGAGCUCGACCGGCAGAAGCAGAUGCAAGACGACGUCGACGCCGAUGAGGUCGCCGAGCAACUGAGGCUCAAGUAUGGCAAGAAGAACGCCUACUCCGGACGGGGCGCACUUACCGACUCGGCUGUCGUACCCAAGCGUUUGCUGCUGCCUAGCGUACACGAUCCCUCCAUCUGGGGAGUCAAGUGCAAGGAGGGCAAGGAGGCCGAGGUGGUGAUGGCCAUCAUGAAGAAAUACGAGGAGAGCAUUGGCACCGACCACGAGCUUGCCAUCACCUCAGCCUUCGAGCGAGGCGGCCCAAACUCCGUGAUGAAGGGGUACAUCUACGUCGAGGGCCACAGCUCCAUUGACGUUCAAAAGGCUCUCGCGGAUGUCAUGAACGUGUAUCCUCACACCAAGAUGUUCCUGAUCGAGAUCAAGGACAUGCCCGACCUGCUGCGCGUGCAGCCACCGCCCAAGCUGAUGCCAGGCACUUGGGUUCGCAUCAAGAGGCCCAAGCUAUAUGAGGGUGACUUGGCCCAGGUAUUGGACAUAACAGACACAGGUCUUGAUGCCGCACUCAAGAUCAUUCCUCGAGUCGACUACAGCAACCGUGACGACAGGCUUGCUGCCGAAAAGGCAAGCGGCCUCGACAAGGAUGGGAAGAGGAAGCGGCCUGGCUUCUUCGCUAAGCCUCGUCCGCCCCAGAGGCUUUUCAGCGAGGUAGAGGCUCGGAAGCGCAACCCCGCGGCGCUGUCCAUGAGCCCAAUGGCAAACACCUUCACCUUCAAGAACGAAGAGUACUCGAAGGGCUUCCUCCAGAAACACAUUAAGAUUCAGCACCUCAUCACGACAAACGUCAACCCAACCCUAGAGGAGGUUACCAAGUUUGCCAGCUCAGACGAGAAAGACGGCGCUGAGAAUCUCGACCUCAAAGCACUCGCUGUUAGCUUGAAGGACAGCAGUGCACAUGUCGCCUACCUUCCAGGUGACGUCGUCGAGGUAUACAAGGGCGAACAAAAGGGUGUGAUUGGCAAAGCCACAAACGUUGUCGGUGACAUCGUCACCCUCACAGCUACCGAGGGCGAUCUGCAAGGCCAGUCGAUUGAUGUGCCUACAUCCUCGCUGAGGAAACGAUUCAAGCUUGGAGACCACGUCAAAGUCACGAGCCUUAGCCGUUAUGAGGGCGAGGUUGGUAUGGUCGUGAAGAUUUCUGACGAUCGUGUUACAUUCUUGACCGACCAGAAUAACACUGAGAUUACGGUCUUUAGCAAGGAUCUCAGAGAAGCCAGUGAUAUUAGUGGACAAGGUUCUCUCGGACAGUACGCGUUGCUAGACCUGGUGCAGCUGGACGUUACUACAGUUGGAUGUAUCGUCAAGGUUGAUCGUGAGAGUCUCGUUGUUCUCGACCAGAACGGCAGCACAAGGCAGGUCAUGCCCUCUCAGAUCGCAAACAAGAUCCCUAAGCGAAAACACACUAUCGCUGCGGACCGCAACGGCUCAGAGAUUCGACUGGAUGACGUUGUCAAGGAGUACGGCGGCCAACAGCGACAGGGCAAGAUCAUUCACAUCCACCGAUCUUUUGUCUUCCUGCACAACAAUGACUCUAGCGAGAAUGCCGGCGUUUAUGUCACCAGAUCUAGCAGUCUGAUGACCGUUGCGGCAAAGGGUGGCCGGAUCGCAGGCGGCCCGGAUCUUUCUCAGAUGAAUCCGGCAGCGAAGCGUGAUCCUAGCGGCAACAGCGGCAUGUCCGCGCCUCCUCCCAAGCAGUCGUUCGGACGUGACCGCUCCAUUGGCCAGACCGUCACGAUCAAGAAGGGAGGCUGGAAGGGUCUCUUGGGCAUCGUCAAGGAUACCACCGAUACUCAUGCACGAGUCGAGCUACAUACCAAGGGCAAGAUCGUGACAGUACCCAAGGUGGAUCUUGUGUUCAAGGACAAGGUUACAGGGCGGACCAUUGAUAUCAACGGCAGAGGCGGCGGCUUUGGCGGCCGAGGUGGGUUUGGAGGCGGCCGUGGUGGAGGCAUCGACUUGGGCUUCGGCAGCCGCACUCCUCAAGUAUCUUCCGGUUCUGAGCGCACUCCUGCAUGGGGUGCUUCAUCAAGAGCCAGCGCACGUACCCCGGCGUGGAGCCAAGGCCCAUCUGCUGGCUCACGUACACCAGCAUGGGGCGAUGGUUCGCGCACUGUGAACCCCUACGACGGGAGCCGCACAGCCUACGGAUCUGGCUCACGCACACCGGCGUGGUCGUCAGGCGCAAAGACGCCAGCACACGACGGCUUCUCCCUCGGCUCCAAGACACCAGCCUACGCCAGCGGCGGCGGCGACUCGGCAUGGGGCGCAGGGUCCAAGACGCCAGCCUACGGCAUCUCGGCGCCGACGCCAGGCGCAAGCAACGAUGCCUGGGGCCCCACGCCCUCCGCCUACGACGCGCCCACGCCCGGCGGUCUGGGAGCCCCCACGCCCGGCGCGGCGCUCAACGCUCCCACCCCUGGCGCGUUCAAUGCCCCGACCCCUGGUGCGAUGAACGCGCCGACCCCUGCGGCCUGGUCGGGCGCCUGGGGCGCUGAUUCCGCCCCUACCCCUGCGGCGGGUGCGCCGACGCCCGGCGCGAGCGGGGGGUACUACAGCGCGCCUACGCCUGUGGCUUAUGGCAGCGCCGAGACGCCGGCGGCGAGCGGCCCGCGGUAUACGGAUGAUGAUUAAGCUUUUUUGGAGAUAUAUGUUGUUGAUAGGGGGAUGUUUCUAUAAGUUUACCUGCUCGUGGCGUUCAAGGGAAGGGAACAUCUGAAAAGGGGCGGGGGUUGCAGCAUGGCAGCAAGCAGCCUCUAUAAGGGAGACUGCGGGAAGGGAGAAAAAGAGUCGCUGGGCCUAGAUAGCAAAGGCGCACGACGACGUGUUGUCCUGCGCGACACACAGCUUGGUAGCCUAAUCGACUUUUAUGCAUCA